AUGAUGGCCAUUCGCAACAGUUCUCAAGGUUAUUUAACUCUAAAUGAAAUUUGCUCUUGGAUCAGUGAUAAAUUUCCCUAUUAUCAAAAGAACAGGAACACAUGGCAGAAUUCUAUUCGACACAAUUUAAGUAUCAACCAGUGCUUUCGUAGAGUGCCAAGACGUCUUGACGAUCCAGGAAGAGGACACUAUUGGACCAUAGAUCCAUCAGCAAAAGAUGUGACCAUAGGUGAAACAACUGGACGACUUCGGAGAAAGGACACAAUGCCUUUGAAUCAGCAUAGGACAUAUCAAUAUCACCAUCAUCAUUAUCACUCAAGUCAUCAACCUGCAGCGAUUGGAACAUCUCCAUACGGUAUCUAUUUUGGAACACCAGAACAAAUUAUGGCUAUGCAACAUCAAUCUGUUAUGCCAAGUCAGCAGAUGUGGAACUCUCAUCAUAACAUUUAUCAUCAGAAACAACAUCAACAGAUAUUUCAAGGUGGUCAUCAUCAGUUCAUGGAUUCAUCAUCAAAUAAUUAUUAA